UUUCAUCAAGAGCGCAUUAAUUAGUCAAAUUGGAUAGUGAAAUUGAAAACGUUUUUUCGGGGGUUUAUUAUUUGGCUAUUUUCGUCAUUUUACCUCAUUCAAAUUUCCGGAUCCUCUCGCCGCUCUCUCUCUCUCUCUCUCUCUCUCUCUCUCUCUCUCUCUCUCUCUUCUGUCAAAACAAAAUAUACAUACAAAUCUCCUGUCUCUAUCGUACUUCCCCAAAUUUCAAUUCACAUUCUUUCACUCUGCUCAAGAACAAUCCUCAGCUUUUCUUCUCGCUCAUCACCUACAUUUCUCACAGUUCUCACUCUAGUGUGUGUGAGAGAUUUCUCAGUUCUCACUCUACAUAUUUAGUGUGUGUGUGAGAGAGAGAGAGAAAAAAAUGGUGGAAGAAAUGGUGGAGGAUGCUAUGAAUGAAGAGGAGGAGGAGGAGGAGUACACAUUCACGGCGUAUGAGAUUGAUCUCGACUACGAGUUCGACGCGGCUCGCUUCUUCGAUUUCAGCCGAGCCGAGUCGCCUCUCGAGGCACGCCACGCCGAAAUCUGGUUCGACUCCGCCGGAAGCUAUCCUCCUUCUCCAUUUGUGGCGAGGUUAAGGGAGGAACUAUUGAUGGGAAAUAUUAAUAUUUCCCCCAAAUCUAAAGGCGUGGAGAGCAUGAACUUGUCUCAGAGCGACUCCGACGCUGAGGCAGACCAUGAAAUAUCUGCUUCGGGAAUGAUUUGUGGAGAUGAAGAGCAACAAGAUAAAGGAACUUCCUCCACAGUACAUAUUGGAAGCCAGCAAUACUUUCAGAACCACCAAAAAUUACCCUCAGGGUUAACGUUUUAUAAUCACAUGGUGAAUAAUGUAAAGUCAGAAAAUCAAGCUAAGCUGUCCUCAAAGCCUUCUUUCCCAAGAACUUCAACGCUUAUGAAGCCAACAGCCAGUCAAUUGGCUAAGCAAAAUCGUCCUUUUCAAGCUGGUUAUUCGAGGUCACAUGUGCCUGUCUUAGACAAAUCAUCUAAAAGCUCAACUAGCACUUGUGUGAUUGAGAAUCAAGCUGCAAAGAGGCAAAAGCUCGAUGGUGGUCUCCUGCGGAAGGUGGCUACGGUGCAGCUGCAGCAGCCUAACUUUGUUCACAAGGCACCCAAGCGGGAUGGAUUACUUGAUGGAACCACAAGUCAUACUAAGCCAAGGAUCACUAUUCCUAGAGACCCCCAACUUGAAACAACACACAGAGCCCAAAGAACAAGGGAAAAUAAUAAAGAUGAAAACGUGACUUCAAAUCUUCGUAGAUUCAAAGCUCUUCCAUUAAACAGAAAAAUUCUCGAAGCACCUUCAUUGGUUCCAAAGAGAAGUACUCCUCGUCUACCAGAUUUUCAAGAAUUUCACUUAAAAACGACACAGAGGGCUCUGCAGCAUAGCUCAGCAGUUCUAAAAUCCACAGUCCCUUCCGGUUAUUCAGACAAGCAGGAAUUGCACAAAGUGACCACUAACCUAACCACAGACUGUGGAAACAGAGAACCUGGAAGACCCAGCAUUAUGAGUAAUGCUUCGAAUCCCGAUGGUUGUCAACAAUCUCACAGAUUCAAAGCUCUUCCACUCAAUCAGAAGAUAUUGACAAGCAAGGGAGCUAUUGGAAUUUUCAGAAAUAGUAAAAAGGAAACAACAGUGCCAAUGGAGUUCAAUUUCCAAACUGACAAGAGAAAUCAUAUUAAUCCUCCAAUUGAACUAUUCAAUAAGCUCUCUCUCGCAUCUGAAACACAACCAGUAGCUAACUCCGCUUCGAGAGUACCAUGGUCGAUCAGCACCACGCCGGCAAAGGGCUUAAAAGAGAACAGGCGGGUUCACUUCCAGCAAGAAAAUGAGAUAAAACAACAUGUGAAAACGAAACUGCUGCUUGGAGGAAGGCAACAAUUCGGUGCCAACGAGGAAAGAAAUGAAGUCAGUACUGCUUCAGGCAUCAACUGGAUUAAGCCCGUUCGGUGACAUUUAAAAAGGGAAUAUCUCGAAUUGAUCUUUCGAGUUUUUUUUGCCAUGGAUUGAGGCUGGCAAAUCAUGGUGGGAUAUUUAACAGGUAAAUAAAUCUGGCGGUGAAUUUUAAUCAAGAUUUUGGGGUAUUAUCCCAUGAUUUGGAAUCCCUCAACCAAAAAUAGAAAUCAUUUUUAUACUAGCAAAAAAUGGGGUAAUUCCUUAUCUAUUAUGUAACCAAUCAGAUUUUCGUAAAAUAAAACGUCGGUGCGGUCCCUUGUCUAUGUAAUCAAGAUUCAUUAAAUAAAAUGUUGUAGGCCGAAACGUGUAUAGCGAGAACGAAUCGUGUUCCUAUGAAGCAUAAGCUUUAGCUUGUUGUCUUACAAA